AUGGCUCCCUUCGAUUCCUCCCUCCUACUGGCCGAGGCACCAGCGCCGCUCGCCGAUCUCCUGCGCCUCCUCUCGUCCAGGAGCAUUUGCUCCUCUGCCCGAGCACCCCCUGCCUCGGCCUCGCGACCCCGUGACUCCCUCCUGCAGCCCGUGCAAGCCACCAGGAGGCUGGCUCCCGUGCUGCACAAGAGCUCCUCGAGCCCUCGAUCCAACGGGCAGGUGCCCGAGCGCCUCCUCACCUCGUCCCCGCGCCGCUCGUCGGUAGAACUAGCAGGCCUCCUGCCUCGCCGGAGGUCGACUACGGCCGCCCAGGCCCGUGCUCCGCUGACCCUUGCCUUGGUCCUCUCCUUCCUCGACGCCGAGCUCGCCAAGCCCCGCCGCCAGGGACCUCCUCUGCGCCCCGUUGACCUGCGGCUCCACCGCCCCGUCAAGUUCCCGGAGCCACCGCCGCCUCGCCAGCACCGCUCGCCUCCACCGUCGCCCUCUGCAUCGCAGCCGUGCAGGACCGCGUCGACCUCCUCUGCUCGCCCUCUGCUUCCUGCGUUGACCCCGCGCCAAGUACCGGCCUCGUCCCUGCCUCCAGGUCGCCGCUCUGCCGCCGGAGACCAAGCUGCCGGAGCCCCAAGCCCCUGCGCCUCUCCGCCGCCCCGCCAAGUUCCCCUGCUGCGUCGCCCGCCCGCUCGCUUCGUCUGCUUCGAACGAGGCAGCCAGCGCUGCCCCUUCGUUGACUUGGUCCAGCGCUAG